UCAAUUCCUCAUUGCAACCAACCACCGAUUAUACCGUCUCCGUCAAUCUCUCUAUUCAGCAUGUUGUCGCAAUGCUUCAAGCCUGCCGUUGGGCGGUCUGCGAGUCUCCUGGGACAAGUGACAAAGAACCGAGCACAAUACCGCUCCAUGGCUACCGUGCAGCCCAACACUGCCCGCCAAACACCCGCUCCCCACCGAAAAUCUACCCCCGUUUCCACUGAAAGGGCUACUUUCACAAUUAAGAACGGACCCAUCUUCUCUGGCAAGUCCUUUGGCGCCAAAGCCAACAUUUCUGGUGAAGCCGUCUUCACCACCUCCCUAGUCGGCUACCCUGAGUCUAUGACCGACCCUUCCUACCGUGGUCAGAUCCUCGUCUUCACCCAACCUCUUAUCGGCAACUACGGUGUGCCAUCCUCUGCUCGCGAUGAGCAUGGCCUGCUCCGAUACUUUGAGUCCCCCUGGAUUCAGGCGUCCGGUAUCGUUGUUCAGGACUAUGCCUUGAAGCAUAGUCACUGGACUGCCGUAGAGAGUCUUGCCCAGUGGUGUGCUCGCGAGGGCGUUCCCGCCAUCUCCGGAGUGGAUACCCGUGAGGUUGUAACAUACCUCCGAGAGCAAGGUUCCUCUUUGGCUCGUAUCUCCAUCGGAGAAGAGUAUGAUGCUGAUGAGGACGAGGCCUACAUUGAUCCCGAGGCCAUCAACCUUGUCCGCAGGGUUAGCACCAAAGCUCCCUUCCAUGUCAGCUCUUCGCUUGGUGACAUGCAUGUUGCCCUUAUCGACUGUGGUGUGAAGGAGAACAUCCUACGCAGUCUCGUCUCUCGUGGAGCUAGCGUCACCUGCUUCCCGUUCGACUACCCUAUUCACAAGGUUGCUCAUCACUUCGAUGGCGUCUUCAUCUCCAACGGACCUGGCGACCCAACUCACUGCAAUUCCACCGUCUACAACCUCCGGAAACUCUUUGAGGGCUCUCAAAUCCCCAUUAUGGGCAUCUGCAUGGGCCAUCAACUCAUCGCUCUCGCCGCUGGUGCCAAAACUCUCAAGCUCAAGUACGGAAACCGUGCUCACAAUAUCCCAGCCCUUGAUCUUACCACCGGUAAAUGCCACAUUACCUCUCAAAACCACGGCUACGCUGUCGACCCUGCGACCCUUUCCAAAGAUUGGAGGGAGUACUUCACCAACCUGAAUGAUCAGUCCAACGAAGGUUUGAUUCACAACUCUCGACCCAUCUUCAGCGCUCAAUUCCACCCUGAAGCCAAGGGUGGCCCUCUCGACUCUGCCUACCUCUUUGACAAGUACAUUGAGAGCGUUCAGAAGUACAAGGAUCAUCAGGCUACCUUCUCCGAUAGGAACAACAAGCCCAGCCCACUGCUCGUAGAUCUUCUGAGCAAGGAGCGUGUUGGUGUGCAUCCAGCACAGCCAGACUUUGAGGGUGGCCACGAAGUCGGCAAGGUAGAGCCCGAGGUGAUGAUGGAUACGAAAGGCACUCCUCAGCCUCAGCCGAUUGCUGCUGCUGCAUAG